UCGGCUUGCACGCGCCCGUGUCGCUCAGCGUGGGGACGGGGAGGUGAGGCAGAUGCCUGUUAAAAGCCGGGAGAGGAGAGAGCCGGCGCGCAGAGGGCUCCUGCAGUCGCAGAUUGACUGCUGGGUGGUACGGAGGGAGAAAGCCGUCGCUGCAAGCCAGGGACGCCACGGGGACCGGGGACGGUGCUCCCACCCACGCAGGGAAGAGGGCAGGUGUGUCCUUGGUGGUAUGGAGUCUCGCUGCCAGCUUUGGCCAUGGGCAUUAUUUGUCCUCCUGGCUGCCCCGUGGAUGGUGGGUGCACAGCAAACCUGCUCUGAGGGAGCCUGCUACCCCGCUGCCGGAGACCUGCUGCUGGGACGAGCCCACCACCUGAGAGCAUCCUCCACCUGCGGCCUCACCAAGCCCGAGAUGUACUGCACACCCCACGGAGAGUGGAGUGUGAAAUGCUGCAGGUGUGACUCGCGGCUCCCACAUGCCUACAACGGCCACCGUGUGGAGAACGUCCUGUCUUCCGCUGGGCACUCACGCUGGUGGCAGUCCCAGAAUGGCAUCGAGCGCGUCUCUCUGCAGCUGGAUCUGGACCAGACAUUCCAGCUCAGCAGCAUCCUUCUUCACUUCAGGUCGCCGCUGCCUGCUGCAAUGCUGAUCGAGCGCUCCACCGACUUCGGCAAGACCUGGGAGGUGUACCAGUACCUGGCGUCCGACUGUGCCACCACCUUCCCCCUCGUCCCCCGGGGCUCCCCCGAGAGCUGGCAGGACACUCGGUGCCAGGCAUUGCAGGGGUACCCUUUGCAUGGGGGCAAGGUGAAAUUCAGCAUCCAAGACCUGGCGUCUACCAUCACUACCUCUUACAGCCAGACCAUUGAUAAGCUGGGGCAGUUCACCAACCUGCGGAUCAACUUCACCGAGCUCCCCCACAUUGCACGCCAGGGCUACCACUCGCCCAGCACCUUCUAUGCCGUGACCGAGAUGCGGGUGCUGGGGAGCUGCUUCUGCCACGGACACGCCAACCGCUGUGCUCCUUCGGGAGACCUGCGUGCCACGCAGGUCCACGGGCACUGCAUGUGUCAGCACAACACUGCCGGUCCCAACUGUGAUCGCUGCGCCGCCCUUUUCAACGACCGACCAUGGGCACCUGCAGAGGACAACGAUCCCCAUGAGUGCCAGAGAUGCAACUGCAACGGUCACUCGGCCUCCUGCCACUUCGACCCGGAGCUGUACCGUGCCAGUGGAGGGGCGAGUGGGGGUGUCUGUGACAACUGCCAGCACAACACUGAAGGCAACAACUGUGAGCGCUGCAAAACUAACUAUUUUCGCAACCGGCGUCAAGAUCUCACCCAUCCUGAAGCCUGUCUGCCCUGUGAGUGUGACCCAGAUGGCACCGUGCCGGGCUCCAUCUGCGACCCGCUGACAGGGCGCUGCGUCUGCAAGGAGAACGUGCAGGGGGACCGCUGCCACCUCUGCAAGCCGGGCUUUGCCCAGCUGGCCAACACCAACCCCAUGGGGUGCCGCAGAUGCACCUGCAACAUGCUGGGAACGCGGCAGGACAUGCCCUGUGAUGACGAGACGGGGAGGUGCUUCUGCCUGCCCAAUGUGGUGGGCAAUGACUGCGACCAGUGUGCGGCCGAGCACUGGGAGAUGGGGAGCGGCCGGGGCUGCCGGCCCUGUGGCUGCCACCCCCGCGGCUCCCGCAGCCCCCACUGCAACCAGUUCACAGGACAGUGUCCAUGCAGAGAAGGCUUCACGGGACGGACAUGCUCAGCCAUGCAGGAGCAGGUUUGCCCAGACAGGCACUAUGGAGAUGUCCGGGUGGGAUGCACAGAGUGUGACUGCGACUUCCAGGGCACGGAGGAUGUGGGAUGUGACAAGACCACGGGGCAAUGCCUCUGCCGCCCGGGUGUCAUGGGCCCCCGCUGCGACCAGUGCCAGCGGGGCCACUGCAGCACCUACCCCGGCUGUGAGCUGUGCCACCCCUGCUUCCGCGCCUACGACGGGGACAUCCAGCGCCUGCGUCUGCGCCAGGCCGGCCUCAGUAACUCCACCUCCCGGCUGCCCCCAGGGAGCGGGGGGUCCCGCUUCGGCCCCCGCCUCUCACAGGCGGAGGGUAAGGUGCAGCAGGCACAAGGCAUCCUUGGGCACUCUCCCACGACAGAGCAGAGCCUGGCCCAGGUGGGCAGCACACUAGCUGCGAUCAGAGAGCAAGUCCAAGGUAUAAAUCCUGACCUUCAGUUUCUGGAUGAGACUGCCUCUCUAUCAAGGGAGCUUGAAGCUCUCAACAGCAGCUUGCUUAUCACUAACACCCAGUAUCAGAGCAAGAAGACACAGUUUGAAACCAGCCGGAGCACGGAUCUGUCAGGAGCCUUCAAGACAAUCAGAUCUGCUUACCAGACCUCCACCAAUGCCAGCAGCCUCCUUGCUGGUGCCUCGAGGCUGCUGGCCGAGGCCCGGGAGAGCCGCAGGAGCGCCGCGGGGCUGGAGGGGGGGCUUGCGGAGACCACCUCCAAGCUGCUGACCCUGAAGGGCGAGAUAGCCUCGUCUCCCAACCUGACCCCUGUCAUAAAUAAGAUCUGCGGUGGCUUUCGGGCGGAGACCUGCACGCCGGCCCAGUGCGAGGGGCUGCUCUGCCUUCGGGACAACAGCACUGCCUGUGGGGCCGGCCGCCCCUGCCACGGCAUCUUCCCACUGUCGAGUGGGGCCCUGGCCAUGGCCGGGGAAGCCGCCAGGGAGUUUGGCAGCCUGAGCGCCCGGCUCCGGGAGACGGCACAGCUGAUUAGAACGACAGAGAUGUCUGCAAAUCAGAUUCAAAGCAAUACUCGCCGGCUUGUGGACCAGAUGAGCGUAACACGGACCCAGAUAGAAGGAGAUGUCCGGCGCAUCCAGCAGUUCAUCCAGCAAGUCCGAAACUUCUUGUCAGACAAGGACACGGACCCUGCCACUAUCCAGGAAAUCAGUGAGUCUGUUCUCUCCCUACGUCUCCCCACGGAUGCUGCUGCAGUCCUGAGAAAAAUGACCGAGAUCCAAAAUUUGGCGACUAAGCUGCAGUGCCCGGAGAGCAUACUUGCCCAGACGGCCGAGGACAUCGCUAAGGCCAAGCAGCUUCAGCAGGAGGCGGAACAAGCCAGGAACAGGGCGAAUGCCGUGGAGGGCAAUGUGGAAGAGGUGGUCGGGAAUCUGCGGCAGGCCAACACGGUGCUCCUGGAGGCGCAGGGUGCUAUCAGGGGCUCUGGCUCUUCCCUCCGGUUCAUCCAGGAGCGCGUCAAUGAAAUCGAGGCUGUUCUCCGGCCGGCCGAGAAGAACGUGAGGUCCAUCGCGGGCCAGCUGGACGGGCUGAUGGAGGGGCUGUCGCGGCUGCAGCGCGGAGCGGACCAGAACCGCCUGCGGGCCACGGACGCGCAGCAGACGGCCGGGCAGGCGGGCGAGCAGGCCAGGAGCGCGCAGCAGGCUUUCGAACAAGUGAAACAGAUGUACGCUGAGCUGAAGAGAAGGAUGGAGCAGAGCCCGCCUCUGGGAGAGCAGGGCAGCAGGGUGCAGAGCAUAGACCUGGAGGCACAGGCUCUGUUUGAGGAAACUUUGACCAUGAUGCUGAGGAUGGAAACUUUAGAGACGGAGAUUCAGGAAAGCCACAAGGCUUUGAUGUCCAAGUCGGCCAGGCUGUCGGGCCUGGAGGAGCGGGUGGGAAGUAUCCGGGACGCCAUCAACAAGCAAGUCGCCUACUACGAGAGCUGCUCCUGAGCGAGCUGCCCGCGCUCCAACGGCACUGUCUUCCUCCUCUGCAGGCACUGACUUCUGUAUUUAUUCCCGUUUUCUGGCUGGAGUUCUCAUGUGCCUAAUGUCUCUAUUUUUAGCAAAUUGAGUUUCUGUACCUCUGGAAAAGAGCUGCACUGAGCCAAAGGAGCAGCCCCCUGGAGAGGGCUAACCUCGCUUGGACUGGCUGAAGCUGCCCGGUGUUGGAGGAAAAAGGGGGAGAGACAUCAGUCUUCCAUUGCAAAUGAAGACAUCCACAAAGCUGCUAUUUCCAGAGGGGUUUAUAAACCGAGACAUUAUUUCUUGUUCUUGUUUUAGCCAAUUCAAGCUUUUAGCGGAACUUCACUGUUCAAAUUAAAACCCUCAUGUGGGGCCUUUUAAAACUUUUUAUCUAUGCUGCAGUUAUCCUUAAAACUUGCCGUGGCUUCAGUACUUCCCUCCUAGAUCUUUGAGAACUGGAUCACAGAGAUGGAAUUUUAUCUCUAUCAUAUC